UGCAAGAGUGACAUCUCGACUAGGGGGAGGUGGAGAGAUCGGAGAUUAAAAUCUUUAUAUAAAGAUGUAAGGGGAGGAUGAGCCGUGGGCUGGACAGGAAAUGAGUGUAAGAGUUAAUAACUUGGCCGAGGAGGGCGAACGAAACAGCUGAGAGAUGAGGAACGGAGCUCUGUGUGGGACUUCUCCUUUGGAGCUUCUGUGCCGAGAAUCCGAUGUUGGGCUCGGCUCCUUGGCUGAAUACAGCAGAUCAGCCCAUGAAAACUUCUAUUCCCAGCCAAAGAAAGGAGUCCAGCAAAAGGCAGCACCUACUUUUUCAGGCUUGGAAACAAGAAAGGGGACGAGAGUUGGAGAGUGUGGAAUCUGAGAAGACAACUGAAAGGUGACAUUUAAGUUGAAGAUGGGUGGUGGAGAAAGAUACAACAUUCCAGUUCCCCAGUCUAGAAAUACCACCAAGAACCAUCAACAACUUAAAGCCAGGCAGAAGAAUAAAGACCAGAACUCACAGAUGAAGACCUACAUGAAGAAGGAAAGAGGACACAGCUGCAAUUCAUCAGCCAGUGCGUGGCAGGCCAUGCAGAAAGGGGGGAAGAGCAAUGUUCACUUCCCCAGCAACCAGAGCUGGAGUCCUGCCUUGGCAAAUCGUAACCUGUUCUUCACACCUCAGACCAACCAGAACUAUGCUGGAGCAAAGUUCAGUGAGCCACCCUCACCAAGUGUUCUUCCUAAACCACCAAGCCACUGGGUACCUGUUUCUUUUAAGCCUUCUGAUAAGGAGAUCAUGACAUUUCAGCUGAAAACAUUACUGAAAGUCCAGGCUUGAGCUGUAGGUUUGGGUAUUUCUAAAGUUGAAAUUCACAGGGUUCCCAAUUUGAGAGUUGUUGUCCUUCCUAACUCCAGCUGUGCAGGUGUACAGAAUCAGACAUUCUUGCUGCAUGUAGUUAAAGUCACUUGGAAGAGAGAGGGGUGGAAGUUUACACUCCCUCCCCACCCCCCCCCCCAUGUUUUACCUCAAGAGUUGUGUGCUGUGUUCACUGUGAAAUAGUUUUGUUUUCUCUCUAAUCAAUCCAAUCCAAUCCUGAGCAGUCCCCACUUACUGUAUUUAUUGUCAGAGCAAGUGGGACUGUCUCCCAAAUUGACAAUUGUGACUACUUUGAUAGUGUGGUGUUAGAAAAACAGCUUUUACCUGACUUAAUGCAGCAUUAGCUGGAAAAAACCCAGGCACUGAAAGCUUUUUCAGGUAUUUGGCUGCUUUUCCAACUUGUCUAAAAUUUGCUAGUUGAGGAAGAACCCUGCAGAGGGGAUUUGAGGAGCAGAGCUCCAUGGAGGCACUAGGCAAAGCACAGAUAGUUCUUGGUUGUAGCUGUCAGCUUCCUUUAGCACUCCUGAAUUGGUGGCCAAGCAUUUCAAGCCUGUGACCAAAAGAGAUGCAGGAAAGGUCAUCAGUGCACAUUCCUGAAGGGAUAGAAGAGCCUCUUGGGCAGAGCUGUCCCUUGCCUCUCCAGCUUAGCAACACUCGAGCCACUGUGCCAACUACAACACUGCAUUGCCAGGUGACUGCCAAAACAAAAAGGAAUCCUUUGUGUUCCCUUUGCACUGAUGAGUUAAACCCUGCAUCUUUGUAUCCCUUUUGAACAGGUGGUUAGUUUAGAGCCCUCUCCAUCUUGGUUACCCUGUAAUAGCUAAAAUUCCAGUAGCUCCUGGCAGGUGUUCAAAUGUUUCUCUUAGGGAAGACAGAGCCAUGUAAAUAAAUGUAAAACUUUGUAGCAUAUGUAAAUGGAUGCCAGGGCUUUCCUGCACAGAAGUAUUUUUAGUACAAAACUGCUGAAUGUAAGAUGACCAUGUUGAGUACGUGGCCUGACUUAAAAUAAUAUUUUUGUUUAAAAAAAAAGCUUAAAAAAAAAAAAGAAAAAAAUGGACAUUUGUGGCUGUGCCCUUGCACGUACCAUCCAGUAAACACAAACUUUACUUAGCUGUGAGCUGAUUUUUAAGGUAAAGUCAGUGCAAAAGAGGCUUAUUUAGGAAGGUUUUUUUUUUUUAUAAAAUGAUUAGGAAAAAAUACUAAAAACUGCUUAAGUUUGAGAUGAUGAUGAAGCUUGAGAUGUUGGUGUUUGUACUGGACAGGUGUGAGUGAUGGGAUGGUAUCACACCCAGGUGUGCAAAAUCAAAGGGAAUGUUUUCUGUGGCUUGAGUGCUUCCCAACACCGAAGCACUGAAGCUUUCUGCUUAUCAAACACCAAUCACAUUUAUUUUGUCCCCAAGUUGUUGCAGUGUGGGGACAGAGGCAGCUUUGAAUGCUGUCACAGUUCAGUUGAGGCUGUAACAGAAACAACUGAACUGCGAUGACAGAAUCCAAGGUGAUUUCAAACUAAAGCAAUGACUAAAAAAGUGCUUUAAUGCGUUCAGCAGGCCGUGGGAUGUUCUCUGAGGGCUCUCAGUAUGUUCAACCCCUGUUGGCAGCUGGCUGAAUGUUUACAGAUCAAUUGGUUCAAAUCAGGUGGAAUUGGCAGUCUAAUUUAAACAGGUCAUUGUGACCUGGAUCCUCACUACUUAAUGAUCUGAGUCCCAGUUACAAUUGUGUCGAGUUCAAAUUGUCUAUGAGGAAUGGUGUGUGUACAAAUUGGAAACCAAAAUUAAAUAAACUAAACUUUU